AUGUCAUCUUCACAAUACCCUUCCGAAUUCAAUCAAAAUGCAAUCUUUGGUCCCAUGUUGGCCACCAUUGGUCUCACUUUCAUCGUUUGGAUCUACAUGUACAUUCGUAGACUUAGACUCAUCAUUUCCUCGAAAGUAAAUCCUAAUGAUUUAACUCCAUCCAUGUUGGCACAAAUGUCACCUCCUUCAGUGUCCAAUCCGUCUGAUAAUUUGAAAAACCUUUUUGAAAUUCCAGUCAUUUUCUAUGCCAUGGCAGUAUACUUGUUUGUGACUCAUCAGGUUGAUUCUUUUUAUGUGACAUGUUCUUGGAUUUUUGUGGUAUUCCGUUGUUUGCAUAGUUUGGUGCAUUGUACCUUCAAUCUUGUGAAUUUGCGUUUCGCUGUGUAUAUCAUUUCGACCUUAUCUUUGAUGGUCAUGUUUGUGAGAGCUCUGAUUGUGUAUUUGGCCUAG